CUUGUGACACUAAAUUAACUGAAAUUGAAUUGACCACUGUCGUCAUCUGUCUGUAUUAUGGUUUGUCCACGCACCGUAGUGUAGGUUUGAGUGCUCUCACCACCAAUCUGAGAGGCAGCACAUUAGUGAAAGUCUGGACGGAGUUGCAGUUGUGCAACAACUGUGCGGGAACAAAAAUCCCGCCCACUUCCUUGUGUUCCUGGUGAAAAGUUUGUGCAGGCUACAACAUGACUUCUCUCAACUUGACAGGGAAGACUUUUCUGUAAAUGUGAAAGGACAGACCUUGCUUUUCCUACUGUGAACUGUGCAUGUAAACUGAUGUGACUGAGAUAAUGACAGCUGAAAAGACCGAACAGAAUCCAUCAAACCAGGUUGGGAGGGCUCCCUCUCCACCUCGGGGUUUCUUCUACAACAUAAAGUUAUUUGUGCUUUGUCAUGGAAUACUACAACUAGCUCAGCUUCUGGUAUCUGGUUACCUAAAAGCCUCAAUAUCCACAAUUGAGAGAAGAUAUGGUUUUACGAGUCAAAAAUCAGGACUUCUUGCUGCUUUUAAUGAGGUGGGGAACACAGUUCUCAUUGUGUUUGUGAGUUUCUUUGGUAGCCGUGUGCACAGGCCUCGUUGCAUUGGUAUUGGAGCAAUGAUAGCAAGUGCAGGUGUCUUUGUCAUCGCACUACCUCAUUUUCUCAGUGCACCAUACAAACACUCAAACUUCAUGAACAGCACCAAAAACAACAGCUCUGAAAUAUGCCAAACAAAGGACCUUUUAAAUUCUGACUGGCCACACCAGAACUGUAGCCAACAGGACACCAUUGUUCAUGAGGACGUUUUUCCCAUACUCCUCCUGGGCCAGUUACUUUUGGGAGUUGGCGGUGUUCCAAUUCAACCCUUUGGAAUUUCAUACAUAGAUGACUUUGCCAGUAGGAGAAACUCACCUUUCUAUCUAGGCAUCCUUUUUGCGGUGACUGUGAUUGGCCCAGCUUUCGGGUUCAUUUUGAGUGCACUCAUGCUACGUUUCAAUGUGGACAUUGACAAGCUUUCACAUGAUGACAUCAGAAUAGAUCGAGAUGACCCAAGAUGGAUUGGUGCCUGGUGGUUGGGAUUCCUAGUGGCUGCUUCGUUCCUCUUCCUCAGUUCCGUGCCUUAUCUCUUCUUCCCGAGGACCAUGCCAAAACAGGAAUCCACAUCAAAUGAACACAACCCCAAACUGGAGGAUGAACUCAAGGUUGAAAGACCAAAACCUGACCAGAUGCAGAAACUCACCCUCGUGCAGUUCAUUAAAAGUUUCCCCAGUACUAUGAUGAGAACACUGCGGAACCCCAUCUAUCUCCUCGUGGUGCUGGGUCAGGUCAACCUUGCUGCCAUGGUGGCUGGCCUGGCUACUUUCAUGGCUAAGUUCAUUGAAAAGCAGUUCACUCUAACAGCCUCAUUCUCCAACAUGAUGAUUGGAGGUGUGAAUAUUCCCGCAGCUACUCUGGGCAUAAUGACUGGAGGACUAAUUAUGCGCAGACUAAGCCUAUCUGUUAGAGGCUCCGCCCUAAUGUGCACCGUGUCUGUCCUGGUUUGCAUCAUGUUUGCUGUGCCCCUCCUUUUCAUUGGUUGUCCCACACAACCAAUUGCUGGACUGAAUCUUUCCAAACAAAAGGAUUCCUCUGACUGCAGUGUGCAGUGCUCCUGCUCAGACGAAGCCUUUAAUCCCGUUUGUGGAUCCAAUGGUGUGGAGUUUAGGUCUCCGUGUCAUGCUGGCUGCAGAACGGCAAUAUUUGAUGACAACGGCAGGAACAUUAACUACACGGACUGUGGAUGCAUUGGGAUGCAAAACACUCCAAGUUCUGCUGCGCCCGGUGACUGUGGCAGCAAUUGUACCCAUCGUCUCCUUCCCUUUAUGGUGUUGUCCUCCCUCACAUGCGCCAUCGCCUCUCUCUCCCAAACGCCAUCCUUCAUGAUGAUACUGAGGACAGUCACUCCAGAGUACAAAUCUUUUGCCCUUGGAGUUCAGUUCAUGCUCUUCCGAGUGCUAGCCUUUCUGCCAGCUCCUGUCCUGUAUGGAAAGGCCAUUGAUACGACUUGUAUUCUGUGGGGGGAAAAGUGUGGGAAAGCAAUGGCAUGCCAGUACUACGAUCUGGAUACGUUCAGACACAGAUUCUUAGGACUUCAAAUAUUCUUUUUAGUCGGGGGUAUGGUCUGCUUCUUCCUCUCGUUCAUUGUCCUCAACAAGACUGCAUCAGAGCAGCUACACAUCAACCAACCAAAGAGUUCAAUUGAGAGGGAAGAUGACAAAGGAAAUGAACUGAGUAAUCAGCUAUUAUGUGAGCAGUCAGAUAUUCAUCAUAACUUGAAGACUAAAGAGUGAUCAUAAAUUUGCAUUUGAAAAAGAGAUAAGAGACUGAUGCUCAACAGUUUAACACCCGUAAAGAGUCCCCUAAGUCUCAAGCAUAUGAUAUAAGUGUUUGUUUGCUGACACAUUGCUCACCAGAAUUAAACCUAGGGAUAAUCAAGAACCAAUGCAUUCAUGCUUUUCCCCACAAUCUGUCUAAUGCUGAUGCUUAAUUAUGCUGUGCAGAAUUAAAAUAGAUUUGCAAUAUGCAUACAUAACAGGCACACAACAUCAUUGCAAGAAGAAUUGCUAUUUAAAUGUAUUAAAUUAUCAGUGGUGGAGGAAGUACUGAAGUUUAGUACUUAAGUAAAAGUACAAGUACCCAGGAAAAUAAAAGUAAAAGUAAAAGUAC